AUGGCCACGCAGUCAUGGGUGAACAGGGAGUACAGGAGGGGGCUGAGCACGCACCCCUGUGGGGCCUCUGUGUUGAAGAUCUAUGUGGCAGAGGUGUUGUUGCCUACCUUCACCACUUGGGGUCAUCCUGUCAGGAAGUCCAGGACACAGCUGCACAGGAAGGGGUACAGAUCCAGGGACCUGAGCUUAGUGAUGAGCUCGGAGGAUCUACGGAUAAAGGAAUGGGUGGAUCAGAUACAGAUAGAGCUGGUGACACUGGCAGACACCGCCAGUGCCAGGAAGAGCCUCACACAGAUCUUCCUGGACAACCAGAACCUGUACACAGUAGAGUCUAACGAUGCAGAGGAACUAGUGGCUAGGGCAGCCAGGAACAUAGAACAGCUGUUAUUGAAGAGGGCUGGCGCUCUGGAAACUCUGGCCACGGCUGCUGAGAACUUUCAGAUGGAACACCAGUGGGAGGAUGAGUAUGCGGUAAAACAAAUUGUUUACUACAAUGCAAAGGACAGUUUGGAGGUGAAUCAUACAGAGGGUAGGAAGAACCGGAUCAGGCCAGCCUUUAAGGAGGACCCGUUGUUUAAACGCUUCACCUCUGAUAACGACACUGCUGUACACAUCCCUACUGACAUCUACGAUGGCUAUGAAACCAAGAUUGAGCUCUUUGACCUGAAUUCCAAGUGUCAUGUCUGGAGGAAAUCUGUCACCAUCACUCCACCACAUCAUCAUGCUGUGCUCUACCAGUUCAACACCAGAGUGAAGAACACAGCGUGUUUUGACCACCUGGUCCAGGCCAACGUGAGGAAUAAGAAGAUCCUGAAGGAUGCGAUUCAGAACAUCUCUGCUAAAGGCAUCACCAACUACACCAAGGGAUUUGAGUUUGCCUUUGAACAACUCUAUGCAACUAUCACUAGAGCCAACAAGAUCAUCAUGCUGUUCACUGACGGAGGAGAGGAGAGAGCAUCGGCCAUACUUCAGGAACACAACUCUGACAAGAAGGUGCGUAUCUUCACCUUCUCAGUAGGUCAGCACAACUAUGAUCAAGGUCCAGUCCAGUGGAUGGCCUGCGCUAAUAAAGGAUACUUCUAUGAGAUUCCCUCAAUUGGAGCCAUACGCAUCAACACUCAAGAGUACCUGGAUGUACUGGGCAGACCCAUGGUUUUAGCUGACCAGCUGGCCAAGCAGGUCCAGUGGACUAAUGUCUACCUCGACGCUCUGGAGCUAGGUCUGGUCAUCACAGGAACCCUACCUGUCUUCAACAAGACCAAGUAUAAAGAUGAAUUGGGCAUAGAGAUUCAGAACCAGUUGAUCCUAGGGGUGAUGGGGAUUGACGUGUCACUAGAUGACAUCAAGAAGCUCACACCGCGUUACACUAUCGGACCUAAUGGAUAUUAUUUUGCCAUCGACCCCAACGGAUAUGUGCUGCUACACCCCAACCUCCAACCUAAGAACCCUAAAUUACAGGAGCCUGUCACUCUGGACUUCCUCGAUGCGGAACUGGAGAACGACGUUAAAGUCCAGAUCAGGAGAAUUAUGAUAGAUGGGAACCCAGGUGAAGAGACCAUAGAGACUCUGGUUAAAACUCAGGAUGAGAGAUACAUCGACAGAGGAGUAAGGACGUACACCUGGGCUCAGGUCAAUGGAACAGACUAUAGCUUGGCCCUAGUCCUGCCAAUGUACAGUGAACACUACAUACAGGCCAAACUGGGAGACACCAUCAGACCAUCAGUCUCCACCCCAUGGGGCAAGGAGGCCAUGGACACUCUGCAGGUGGAGAGGUUUGAUGAGUUGGGACAUACCUUCAUUGCCCCCAGGGAGUAUUGCAAAGGCCUGAAGGACAAGGACAACAACACCCAGUUCCUCCUGGACUUCAACCAGUUCAUUGACAGGAACACAGUGGAAGAGCCAUGUAAUAUGGCUCUGGUCAGUAGGCUGCUGUUGGAUGCUGGGUUGACGGCUGAUCUGGUCAAACUGUGGAAGGAGCAGACAUUGCACGGAGUCCUGGCCAGGUUUGUAGCCACUGACGGAGGGAUCACUAGAGUCUAUCCCAGAAGUGCUGGGGAGGAGUGGACAGAGAAUGCCGAGACCUAUGACUCAAGUUUCUACAAGAGGACUCUGGAUGACGACAUCUAUAUUUUCACUGCUCCAUAUUUCAACACUGAGAGCAGGGAGUCAGGCUAUGAGUCAGGUAUUCUGGUGAGCAAGGCUGUAGACCUCAACAUAGACAGAGUCAACCUCAAACCAGCGGUGGUGGGAGUGAAACUAAACGUCUCUGCCUGGAUGAACAGCUUCAUGAACGCCACCAUCAAAGUCAACUGCAAGGAUGAAAUCUGUGGCUGUCUGAAGAAUGAUAAGCAUGUUGACUGUGUCAUCUUGGAUGAUGGAGGCUUUCUGCUGAUGUCCAAUCAGGAUGAGUAUAUCACACAGUUCUUUGGGGAGGUGGACCCAGUCGUGAUGAUCAGUCUGGUCAACACAUCUCUGUACUCCUUCAACAAGACCUAUGACUACCAGUCAGUCUGCAACCCUGAGAGAGACUGCAAGGCUGCUGCAGGGCCACGAUCUGUCUACGUGCCCACUAUAGCAGACAUGCUGAGUAUAGGCUGGUGGGCCUCCACAGGUGCCUGGUCGAUAAUGCAGCAGCUCUUCUACAGUCUCAUAUUCCCAAGGUUCCUAGAGGCAGUGGACUCAGAUGAUGACAUGUCUGCUAACAUGUUUAAGGAGAGUUGUAUCACAGAGCAGACUCAGUAUUUCUUUGACAACGAAGAGAGAUCCUACUUGGGAGUCCUCGACUGUGGAAACUGCUCCAGGAUGUAUCGAGCUGAGAAGCUGUCCAACACUAACCUGGUGUUUCUGAUCACUGAUGCCAAGACCACCUGUCUGUCCUGUGACCCCAGACCACUACGACAGGCAGAGCAACCAUCCCAAGGUCCAGAUCGCUGUGAGCUAGCUCAGAACCCCAGGUACAGGAAAGGACCUGACGUGUGUUUCGACAACAACGUAGACAAGGAUGAUUCUGACUGGGGCGGGACCUCUCUAAGCCCCUCCGCUUGGCCCAUGUUGGGACUCCAACUACUGCUGCUGUGGCUCCUCACUGGCCCCCGACACUCAUGACCCCUACACACACACACACAUCUCAACCAGACAGUGUUUUA